AUGACUCACGAGUCCGUUUGGUACAGCCGGCCCCGCAAGUUCGGCAAGGGUUCCCGUUCUUGCCGUGUCUGCUCCCACCGCGCCGGUCUGAUCCGCAAGUACGGGAUGAACAUCUGCCGUCAGUGCUUCCGUGAGAAGUCCUCUGACAUCGGUUUCCACAAGUACCGUUAAAUCGAAUCUUCUCUCCAUCCCCCAUCAUCAUCGAUCCCAAUUUUUCCGUUAUUCACGACGAUGAUUCGUUAAAAACGUGCUCGUGGCGCUUUCGAUUCUCUCAUUUCACAUUACCACCCAAUAUCUCAAAUUUACCAACGAUCCCCCACAAUUACCAUGUCGGGGGAUUAGCGGAGGAAGAAAGAAAUACAGGGGGGGAUAACGGUAGCCUCUUAUAUUCUUUUACCAGUGUGCGUGUGUGUCUGUGAAAUCGAAAACGCAAAUGAAAUCCGAAACCCGGGCUUGAUUUUCAAUGGAAUGAAAUAAAAUGGUGUUUUUUCUUCAUUUGUUCAUGGUGGAAUUUCCUCUUUAAUCUUUUUUAGGUGUGAUUGAGGAAGAGAUGGGAUUUGACUGGGUUAGAGACGAGAGAGGGGGGUGGGCUUAGGUUGUUGGCUGGUGUGGACGGUAUUUUUCCUAUGGAAUUGAGGAUCUCUUGAUAAU